GGGGGGCGCAGGCGCAGUGCGGCGGCGAGUUGGGCCGAGGCCGCGAGUGAGAUGGUGGUUCCCUGAACUGCGUGGAGAUUGUGGCGGAUGGUUUACGUGAGAUCAAGAGGAAGUCACGGGAAGCGAGAGACAUGCGAUCGGGCCAAGCUGGAAGACAAAGCUACAGACAGAGAGGCAGAAGCAGUGCUGCCAUGACCAGAGCCGCGAUACAGUGAGGAGCCCCGACUGCAGAGAACAAGGGAACCCUGAGUCCAGAAUCAAGCCUGGGACCGUUGACCGUCUGUUUCUGGGCCCUGACAUUGGCUGAGCCGGGAGCGGGGACGGUCCUAGCGGCCGCCCCCCGAAGCCCAGGGCCGGGAGCCGGUUGGAGAUGUGAAGGUGUCUGCCCUGCCAGGAGGGGGUAAAGAGGAAGGAGCGAGAGGAGCCUGUGACCCAGGCUAGCCACGCCAGCCAUGUCAGAGUCAGGGAGCCGGGAUCGCGGUAGGGAGAGCUGGGAUCGUGGCCGGGAGAGCCGGGAUCGCGGCCGGGAGAACCGGGAUCGUGGCCGGGAGAGCCGGGGUUACAGGUCCCAGCCCGAUGCAGGCUCCUGGGACUGGGACUGCCCGGAUACGCGGAGAAGGCUGGAAGAAGUGUUCUUUCGGGAGCAGGACUCCGUGCGCGCGGGCUCCGAGGACUGCCGGCAGUUCUGGGCCUUCUUCGAGCGGCUGCAGCGCUUUCAGGCACAGAGGCGAGAGAGGACCGGCGAGGAAGAGGGAGAGGGGGAGCAACCUGCCCCGGGCCAAGCUGACGCCCGCCACCCCGCCCUGGCCGACCUGCCCCGGACGUACGACCCACGUUACCGCAUCAACCUGGCCCUCCUCAGCGGCGGCGAAGUGGAGGACCGGGGUGACCGGAGGACGGCGGCCGCGGCUAUCCCCCGUGAGAGGCUGGCCGAGUUCCGCCUGGCCGUGCUGCAGUACCUGGACUUUAUGCAGAAGCAGAGCCUGGCCAAGCUGGCCAAACUGCAGAAGGAGCGGGCAGCCCUGCCCAUCGCCCGCCUGGCCCCUCGGCUCCUCAGCGUGCUGAGGGAGAACCAGGUUGUGGUGGUGGCCGGGGACACGGGCUGCGGCAAGUCCACCCAGGUGCCCCAGUACCUCCUGGCUGCCGGCUUCAGCCACGUGGCCUGCACCCAGCCCCGGCGCAUUGCCUGCAUCUCACUGGCCAAGCGUGUGGCCUUUGAAAGCCUCAACCAGUACGGCUCGCAAGUGGGCUACCAGAUCCGCUUCGAGAGCACCCGCUCGGCGGCCACCAAAGUGGUGUUCCUGACGGAGGGGCUGCUGCUGCGGCAGAUCCAGCGCCAGCCCACGCUGCCCCAGUACCAGGUGCUGAUCGUGGAUGAGGCCCACGAACGCCACCUGCACAGCGACUUCCUCCUCGGCGUCCUGCGCCAGCUGCUGCCCGCCCGGCCCGACCUCAAGGUGGUCCUCAUGUCGGCUACCAUCAACAUCGCCCUCUUUUCCGCCUACUUUGGCCAGGCGCCCGUGGUGCAGGUGCCCGGGCGACUGUUUCCCAUCUCGGUCAUCUACCAGCCGGUGCCCCAGGAGGAGACGGCGGCCCGGUCGGAUAAGCUGGACCCCCGGCCCUACCUGCGCGUGCUGCAGGCCAUAGACCACCGGUACCCGGCCGACGAGCGAGGCGACCUGCUGGUGUUCCUGAGCGGGAUGGCCGAGAUCAGCGCCGUUCAGGAGGCCGCCCAGACCUACGCCACCCACACCCAGCGCUGGAUCGUGCUGCCGCUGCACAGCACCCUCUCUGUCGCCGACCAGGAUAAGGUUUUCGACGUGGCUCCUCCAGGGGUCCGGAAAUGCAUCCUCUCCACUAAUAUCGCCGAGACCUCAGUCACCAUCGAUGGGGUCCGCUUCGUGCUGGACUCAGGCAAAGUGAAGGAGAUGAGCUUCGACCCCAAGGCGAAGCUUCAGCGGCUGCAGGAGUUCUGGAUCAGCCGAGCCAGCGCGGAGCAGCGUAAGGGCCGGGCGGGGCGCACGGGGCCCGGGGUCUGCUACCGCCUCUAUGCCGAGUCAGAUUACGACGCCUUCGCCCCCUACCCCGUGCCAGAGAUCCAGCGUGUGGCCCUGGACGCCCUGGUGCUGCAGAUGAAGAGCAUGGGGCUGGGGGAUCCCCGCACUUUCCCCUUCAUCGAGCCACCGCCCUCGUCCAGCCUGGAGACGGCCGUGCUUUACCUCCGGGACCAGGGGGCGCUGGAUGCCGCGGAAGACCUGACGCCCAUCGGAAACCUGCUGGCCCAGCUGCCGGUGGAUGUGGUGAUCGGGAAGAUGCUGAUCCUGGGCUCCCUGUUCCAGCUGGUGGAGCCGGUGCUCACCGUGGCGGCUGCGCUGAGCGUCCAGUCUCCGUUCCUUCGCAGCGGCCACUCCAACCCGGACUGCGGAACUGCUCGCAAACCCCUGGAGAGCAGCCAUGGUGACCCCUUCACCCUCCUCAACGCCUUCAAUGCCUGGGUGCAGGUGAAGUCCGAGCGGGGCUCCGGCUCCCGGAAGUGGUGCCGCCGCCGCGGCCUCGAGGAGCAGCGGCUCUACGAGAUGGCCAACCUGAGGCGCCAGUUCAAGGAGCUGCUGCGGGACCACGGGCUGCUGGCGGACUCGCGCACCACCCCGGCAGACAGCUUCAGUCGGCAGCGCCAGCACCGGGAGCGCCAGGAGCUGCGGCGACUGAAAAGGCGGCACGAAGAGGGCGAAGGGCGCCGACGCAGGGUGCUGCCGCUCCCGGGCCAGGAGGGGGGCUCCUCCUCAGGUGAUGACGCCGCUGAAGGUGAUCCCCGGGAAGGCGGCGCCGUGGACAUCCAGGACGUCAAAUUCAAGCUGCGCCACAGCGUGGACGAGCUGCAGGCAGCCGCCAGUGCCGGCCGCGAUCUGUCCCGGGAUGAGCUGGCCCUGCUGAAGCUGGUGCUGGCCAGGGGCCUCUAUCCCCAGCUGGCCGCAGCGGACCACUUCAACAGCUGCCGCAAGGACUCCGACCAGAUCUUCCACACCAAAACCAAGCAGGGGACCGUCCUCCACCCGACCUCUGUCUUUGCCAGCAAUCCAGAGGUGCUACAGGUGAGCGGAAGAGACACUGAUGACCAAAAGAGUGGAGACCGGAGCGAUGGGAAGAGCAGCCAGCACCAGCUCCUGGCCUUCGUCUCGCUGCUGGAAACCACCAAACCAUACCUGGUCAACUGUGUCCGCGUGCCGGCCCUGCAGGCUCUGCUGCUCUUCAGCCGCUGUCUGGACACGAAUGGGGACUGCUCACGCAUCGUGGCGGACGGCUGGCUGGAGCUGGGCCUGGACGGGAGCGAGGGCACCCUCCAGCUCCUCUCGGUGGCCGUGCAGCUCCGCUCCCGCUGGGAACAGCUCCUGCAGCAGCAGCUGGCCCGGGGCCACCGGGAGCCAAGGGACCGGGAGGCCGCUCCGCGGGCGGAGCGGCAGGAGGUGGCUGCCCUGACCCAGGAGCUGCUGCGCUUUGGGAAAACCAAGGUGCCCUACCGCCUCCGCCGACUCACCGGGCUGGAGGUGCAGAACCUGUACGUGGGGCCCCAGACCGCCACCGCCGCGCCCCAAAUGUCGGGCUUGUUUGGGGGCGCCGCCCUGCAGCCCCACGAGACCAAGGGCGGCUUUGCCCUCAACGACUACCUCACCUAUAACUGCCUCGCGAGCGACACGGACCUGUACAGUGAGUGCCUACGUACUUUCUGGACUUGCCCGCACUGCGGCCUCUACAUGCCCUUCACCCCCAUGGAGCGGCUGUGCCAUGAGAAUGCCUGCCGGCCACCCGAGGACACCCCGCCCGACACGGGGGCCCCGCAAGAGUCCACUGGCAAGGGCACCGCCCUGCAGAGACCGUACCGCUGCGAGAUCUGCCGGCAAGACCUCUUGCUCACCCCCACGGACAUCCUCCGACACCGUAAGAUGCACCAGUGAGCACGAGGCGGGACUUGGGGCAGAGCUGGCCGGGGGCCUCGGGGCCAAAAGGAGCCACCGCCCGUAGCCCUCACUGCAGCCCGGGGACCGUCGACUGAAGCAGGAACUUGAGCGGCGGGGGAGGGGAAGAGGCAAAGGGCUAAGGAGUUGGGGGGCAGGCUGGGAGGACGUGACUGGACGCUCGGCCCCCGGGAAGGAUCACUGUGCCCUGGGGUGGGCCGGUGGGCGUCCUAGUAAAUCACUGGCUUCUAGCCCGAGCGUUCUGUGUGGCUCCCGAGAUCUGCCCCGUCUUUCGAAAGGGGGCACGGGGUCAACAAUCUGGUUCUGGGGACAACAGGAGACUGGAAAAAGGUGGCAGAGGACAGCACAGGUAUCUGUGUAGUUGUGUGUUCCGCUCUUGAUUUCCUGGCAAAUUAGACUCUGACACUCCCCCAGUCGUGCCCCGGCUCCUCCAGGGCUCAGGUGCGCCUGCCCCUCCGGACCCCACCGGCAGUGGCUCGGCUGUGAGUUUGGCUUGGCGUGGGCCGGGCCGGGGACACGGUGAGGCCUGCCUCGGGCUGUCAUUGGAAGCCCCCAGGGAUUAGGUUCGGCGGGGCUCAGUUCAGAAAGGCUCCGUAAGGCACCGGAGCGACCCGGAGCGGAGGAGCUUCCUUUGCUUCUGCGUGAGCUUCAACGGGUGAAGUCAGUGGCCGCCCGGCCCCUCCCCUCGGCGCCGCUGGUAGCGUGAGUCUUCCUUUGGCCCGGCCCAGUCGCUCGCCGCGGGCCCCGGGAGGCCCAGGGUGUGGCCGGGCUCCGCCCUCUCAGCAGGCCCAGCCCUAACCUGACUUGCCCCAGCGCUGUACCCUGUCCGUCACGCAGCUGGGCCUCCCCGGCUCCACGGCCCGGCCAGUCCAGCCAGCCCGGGGCGAGGGAUCCUCGAGACCCGAUCUGGAAAGGAAGGGGUGGACGGGUCAAGGUGCCCCGGAGGUGGCGGCGGGGCGCAGUAGUCAGCCGUGAUUGUGGCUCUUGGGACGUGGAGAGGCGGGCUCAGUAACUCAGAGCGUAGCCACCUUCUGUCGUGUGCGCUUUAUUGCCACGAAACCAAGACCCUGAGCACGGCUCCUCCUCCCACCCAAGUCUCGGCCUGGAGACCGGGGCACGGUGGCCUGGUCUCCCGGGAUGGCUGGGCCCAUCCUCGUCAGGACCCGUCUUCUGUCCCCAGUCCCCGUAGCCUGGCCCGCGGCCCCCUGGUCUUCCCGGGGAGGUCCAGGGCUGCUGAACAUGGCCAGGUUUCCAGGUCCGCGGGGCCCCACUCUGCCUGGUGGGGUCGGUCACAAGUGGAAGCAGACACGUGACCCUCGGUUGGGUGCCCACACAAGGCAGAGAACGUUUAUCGUACGUUCCCAAGCACUUAGUACAGUGCUCUGCACAUGGUAAGCGCUCAAUAAAUCCAAUUGAAUGAA